AUGUCGCCACAACUUGAUCCGGUCGCUGAGCUAGAAAGCUUAAAAACACAUGUUGAUCAUUCAGGAAGUCCCAGCUUCUCAACACUUGGCCAGCGUCACCAAUCUGGUGAAGCUUCAAAGUUGUCACCUUCUGGUUCACCAAGAAAAGAAAAUGAGCUUCAGGGAGAACAUUCCCACCACAAGAAAUCUUUAUUCUCUAAAAUGAAAGACAAGGCGAAAAAGCUGCAGCACAGUCUCAGCACCAAGAAGAGACAUGAUGAAGAAGGAGAUGCAACCACAUCGCCAUCUAGCAGAUCCGAACACCACGAAGCUAGGGAAAAAGAAGGUUAUGCGACACUUUCACCACGCUACAAAUCGAAAGACCGUAAACUCAGAGAAGAAGAUCCUGAAUAUCUUGGAGCCCCAAUGUAUGAAUCAAAGAAGGCACCUGAAGAGUUAAAGGAGACUGCAAGACAGCAUCCCCGGGAAAAUCCUGUGAUCACUGAGACAAAUGUCUUGUCUGUUCUCCCAACCAAACACGACGCUGAAAAUGAAAAAGAUUGUACAGGUUCCAACACAGAAAACCCUGUGAUCUCUGAGAAGAAUGUAUUGUCUGAUGUGAAGCCUUCUGAUUCUGACAAAACAACAGCAACAGAACCUAUAAGUCCAAGCAAGACGGUAACAGAAACCGUAACAGAGAAGCUAGCACCAGCUUAUGCUAAAGUCUCUGACGCAACACAAGCUAUAACUAAGAAGAUUCAAGAUAUGGCUUUCCCAGAAUCAACAGAGACAGAAACACAGGUUAAUGAUGUUUCAGAAAUCAACACUGCAGGAAGUAACCAGCCCUCUGGUUUCAAUACUAAGGUAUGGGACAAAGGCGUAUCGAUGAAGGAAUACAUAAUCCAGAAGUUUGAGCCUGGUGAAGACGAUAGAGCACUUUCUCGAGUGAUAUCUGAAGCUAUAAGUCCUCGUAAAGCUUCUUCUGAGACUGCUACAUUUAGUGGAGCCACCACAAGCACGGUACCUGCUCCAAAUUCAGCAGACACCAAAGCUCCUCUUUUAGCCAACACGAGUGAAAUUGUUGAGGAAGAAAAUCUUGGGAAGCUGCUUCAACAAAACUAA